AUGAAUGGUUCUUCCACUUUUGCAAUUGGAAUAAGCCUCUGGCGCACUUGGGCCCUGACAGUCACUCACGAGGCAUCUGAAUAUACUGCACAGAAAUUCAAUGCAGAGAAGACAGGAGGAGACCGGGUAACACCUUCUCCUAACCUAGACACUGAUCUAGUGAUGGCCUGCAAUCAAUUGGUAGAUUGCCUCAUACAGGCAUAUAAAAAUCCAAUUCAGAUGAACAUCAACAUUGCAAGAUAUAGCAAAUUGAUCUCCCGAAGAAACACCGGGCACAAUGAGGAGAAAGAGAAGAAGUUGCUUAAGAAAUGUCCUCCUAGCCAUGAGGGGACAAGCCGCAACACAGAAGGAAAAUUGGGCAGCCACCAAUUUGCUGUCUCUGAGUCUGAAAAGAAGUGUGAAGGUCAAUGGGAAUUGGCAAAUCAAUCCGGAGUGGUUCAAACACAGCUCGGAAGAUGUUGGCUUACCUGCUAG